GCCAGCAGGCCUCCGGACGGACACCCAAGGCACCCGUUUCCACGCCGUACACAAUGGCGUCCCUGCUGCUGCGGCGGCGUCCACUCUUCCGGUGCCUACUGCUCCUGCUCGUCCACGUUCAUUGUUCAGAAGGCUUUAGCCGUGCAGCCUUGCCCUUUGGGCUGGUCCGCAGAGAGCUCUCGUGUGAGGGCUACGCCAUUGAUCUCCGCUGCCCGGGGAGUGAUGUCAUUAUGAUCGAGACAGCCAACUACGGCCGUACCGAUGACAAGAUCUGCGAUGCUGACCCAUUCCAGAUGGAGAACAUCAACUGCUACCUCCCCGACGCCUACAAGAUUAUAUCACAAAGGUGCAACAACCGUACCCAGUGUGUGGUUGUCACUGGCUCGGAUGUGUUUCCAGAUCCAUGCCCUGGCACCUACAAGUACUUAGAGGUCCAGUAUGAGUGUGUCCCCUAUAAAGUGGAGCAAAAAGUUUUCAUUUGUCCUGGGACUCUGAAGGGUAUAGGAUCCCCCACCUUUAUAUUUGAGGCUGAGCAGCAAGCAGGGGCCUGGUGCAAAGACCCCCUGCAGGCUGCUGAAAAGGUUUUCUUCAUGCCCUGGACACCGUACCGCACCGACACCCUUAUCGAGUAUGCCUCUCUGGAGGACUUCAAGAAUGGUCGCCAGACAGCCACCUAUAAGCUGCCACACCGAGUCGACGGGACAGGCUUUGUGGCCUACGACGGCGCCAUAUUCUUUAACAAGGAACGCACGCGCAACAUUGUCAAGUUUGACCUGCGCACGCGCAUCAAGAGUGGCGAAGCUAUUGUAAAUAACGCCAACUAUCACGACACCUCACCCUACCGCUGGGGUGGGAAGACUGACAUUGACCUGGCAGUGGACGAAAGGGGUUUAUGGGUCAUCUAUGCCACAGAGCAGAACAAUGGGCGCAUUGUGGUAAGCCAGCUCAACCCGUACACGUUGCGCUUCGAAGCCACCUGGGAAACGUCCUACGACAAGCGCUCUGCCUCCAAUGCCUUCAUGGUGUGCGGCGUGCUGCACGUGGUGCGCUCGACCUACGAGGAGAACGAGAGCGAGGCCAGCAGAAGCCACAUUGAUUACGUUUACAACACCAAGCUGAGCCAGGGCGAGUAUACUGAUAUCCUCUUCCCCAACCAGCACCAGUACAUCGCGGCUGUGGAUUACAACCCCAGAGACAACCAGCUGUAUGUGUGGAAUAACUUUUACAUCCUGCGCUACGACCUUGAGUUUGGGCCCCCAGAUCCAGCCGAAGUGCCGACCGAGGAGUUCUCCGUCUCGCCGUCCAUACCCGAGACCACCGCUGCGAUCACCACCACCGCUGCGGCGAAAGGGAGGGGGCAGGUUAACGCCACCGGAGCGGCCGCCGACCCCAGGGACGGGAGAGACCCCUCGGAGGGCUCCCGCGGCUCAGGCACAGCAGGGCCCGCUUUCCCAGAAUUGCCCCCCACGCCCCGGCGCUUCUGUGAGGCCACCAGGAGGAGAGCCAUCGACUGGCCUCAGACCCACACUGGCACAACGGUGGACAGGCCCUGCCCCAAAGGAACCAGAGGCAUCGCCUCCUUCCUCUGCACCGUGGCGGGGACUUGGUGCUCCAAGGGGCCGGACCUCAGCAACUGCACUUCCCACUGGGUGACUCAAGUCGCGCAAAAGAUCCGCAGCGGUGAAAACGCAGCUAAUUUAGCCAACGAGCUAGCGCGCCACACGCAGGGCCCGGUGUUCGCCGGCGACGUCAGCUCCUCGGUGCGUCUGAUGGAGCAGCUGGUGGACAUUCUGGACGCUCAGCUGCAGGAGCUCAGUCCCAAAGAGAAGGACUCACCUGGGCGCAGCUUCAACAAGCUUCAAAAAAGAGAGAAGACUUGCAGGGCAUAUAUGAAGGCGAUCGUGGACACUGUUGACAACCUCCUGAGGCCGGAAGCUCUGAAAUCCUGGGAAGACAUGAAUUCCACAGAACAAACGCACGCGGCCACCAUGUUACUGGAUACCCUGGAGGAAGGGGCGUUUGUCCUCGCGGACAAUCUGAUCGAGCCAGCUGUGGUAAAAGUGCCUGCAGAGAAUAUCAUGCUGGAUGUGUACGUGCUGAGCACUGACGGUCAGGUCCAAGACUUCAGGUUUCCACAGACCAGCAAGGGCGGCACGUCGAUUCAGCUCUCCUCCAAUACGGUCAAAGUCAACAGCAAGAACGGGGUGGCCAAGCUGGUGUUUGUGCUUUACAAGCACUUGGGCCAGUUUCUCAGCACGGAGAACGCUACGCUGAGGGGAGUGUGGGAACCGGGCAGACGCAACCUCUCCCUGACCGUUAACUCUCACAUCCUGUCCGCCUCCAUCACCAAGGAGUCCAGCCGCGUGUUUGUGGCCGACCCCGUGAUCUUCACCCUGGAGCACCUUGAUAAAGAGCACUACCACAAUCCCAACUGUUCCUUCUGGAACUACUCGGAGAGGAGCAUGAUGGGAUACUGGUCUACUCAGGGCUGCAAGCUGCUGGGCACCAACAAGAGCCACACCACAUGCUCCUGCAGCCACCUGACCAACUUCGCCAUCCUCAUGGCUCACCGGGGAAAUGUGGGCGAGGGGAGCGUUCACGAGCUCCUGCUGACGGUCAUCACCAGGAUGGGCAUCGCCGUGUCCCUGGUGUGCCUGGCCAUCAGCCUCUUCACCUUCUGCUUCUUCAGAGGCCUGCAAAGCGACCGCAACACCAUCCACAAGAACCUCUGCCUCAACCUCUUCAUCGGCGAGCUGGUGUUCCUCGUGGGCAUCAACAUGACCGAACCCGAGCUGGUUUGCUCCAUCAUCGCGGGGGUCCUCCACUUCUGCUUCCUGGCCGCCUUCGCGUGGAUGUGUCUGGAAGGCGUGCAGCUCUACCUCAUGCUGGUGGAGGUGUUCGAGAGCGAGUUCUCCCGCAGGAAGUACUACUACGUGUCCGGGUACCUCUUCCCGGCCGCGGUGGUGGGCAUCUCCGCGGCCGUCGACUACCACAGCUACGGGACGCAGCGGGCAUGCUGGCUGAGGGCCGACAACCACUUCAUCUGGAGCUUCAUCGGCCCCGUAACCUUCAUCAUUAUGCUCAACGUCGUCUUCCUGGUGGUGACCAUGUACAAGAUGGCGAAGCACUCCACCUCCAUGAAACCCGACUCGUCCAGGCUGGGGGGGAUCAGGUCCUGGGUGCUGGGAGCGUUUGCCCUGCUCUGUCUCCUGGGCCUGACGUGGUCCUUUGGCUUGUUCUUCCUGAACGAGUCCUCCAUCGUCAUGGCGUACCUGUUCACCAUCUUCAACACGCUGCAAGGGAUGUUCAUCUUCAUCUUCCACUGCCUCCUCCAGAAGAAGGUCCGCAAAGAGUACAGCAAAUGUUUCCGUCAGUCCCACUGCUGCGGCGGCCUGCCUCCCGAGGGCUCCCACAGUUCAUCCAAGGCAACCACGUCUCGUUCCACUGCGCGCUACUCAUCUGCUACCCAGAGCCGCAUCAGGAGGAUGUGGAACGACACUGUGAGGAAGCAGUCAGAGUCCUCCUUCAUCUCAGGAGACAUCAACAGCACCUCCACAAUCAACCAGGGGAUGACUGGCAACUACCUCCUAACUAACCCUCUCCUCCGAGCCCACGACACUAACCCCUAUAACAACCUGCUGGCGGAAACGGUGGUGUGCAACACCCCCUCUCCACCGGCCUUUCACUCCCCAGGACAGCACUCUCUGACCAACAGCAGGGACAUCAGUGCCAUGGACACCCUCCCCCUCAACGGCAACUUCAACAACAGCUACUCCCUGCGCGACGAUGACUACGAGGAUGUGGGCGUUCACGGCCCGGGUGACCUGGGCGCCCUCAACCUAGAUGACGUGGCUUUUGAGAAGAUGAUAAUCUCUGAGCUCGUCCACAACAACCUCAGGCCCCGCGGGGCCCCUAAGGGCCGCGACCACCCGAGGGAGAGGGACAGAGUCUUGCAGCCGCAGACCAGGGUGACGGUGGACCGAGGCGGGGGCGAGAGCGGCAGCGAGGAUGACGCCAUUGCUCCAGACCACGCCGAGGCCUCGUCCCCGCAGAGGGGAGGCGCAAGAGGAGCCCCCCCCACCCUGGAGCUGCUUCUGCACUCCCACCACAAGGGGGCGCUGGAGGCCCCGCUGCUGCCCCAGAGGACUCACUCCUUGCUCUACAGCGCCCAAAAGGCUCCCAGGCGCUCGGAAGGGGCCGGGGGCCACGGCUCAGAGACUGUCACUGCCGAGGAGGAUGGGGGCUCCCAGUCACCCAACAAUAACAGAGACUCCCUGUACACCAGCAUGCCCAACUUGAGAGACUCACCCUCCCCGUCAGCCUCCCCCUACCCCCCUGAAGAGGACGAGGACCUCUCCCCCUCCUCCAGGAGCGAGAGCGAGGAUGUCUAUCACAAAAGCAUGCCCGAGCUGGGUGAUGGCUCCCAGCCCCUUUCCUACUACCACAUCAACCGAGGCACCAGUGACGGCUGCAUCCUCCCCCCCAGCACUGAGGACUGCACCCCCGAGGGAGAGGCCCCCAAGGACGGACAGAUGCAGCUCAUCACCAGCCUCUGA